AUACUCUUUGCCCCCAUCUUCUCUUCACUCUAUGUCUACAAAAUUAAAGUUCAUCUUCUAAAGUCCCUUUGUUUUUUCAGACUUUGAUUAACCGAUGGCUACCACUUGUUCUCCAAUGGCGAGUCAGCUGAUGAGCAGCUUCACAUCAUCUGUUACGAGAGCGCUUGCAGUGCCCAAGGGAAUUUCCGGUGCUCCAUUCAGAGCCUCGCCCGCCAAGAUACGAACCCCUUGCUUCACCGUCAAAGCUGUUCAAUCUGAUAAGCCAACAUAUCAAGUGAUCCAACCCAUCAACGGUGACCCUUUCAUUGGAAGCUUGGAGACUCCGAUCACAUCAAGCCCUUUGAUCGCUUGGUACCUCUCCAACCUUCCGGCAUACAGGACGGCAGUGAACCCACUUCUCAGAGGCGUGGAGGUGGGUCUAGCCCACGGCUUCCUCCUAGUGGGCCCAUUCGUUAAGGCGGGCCCUCUGAGGAACACAGCUGUUGCAGGACAAGCCGGGUCAUUGGCAGCUGCGGGUCUAGUCGUAAUCCUCAGCAUUUGCUUGACGAUGUAUGGCGUUGCAUCGUUCAACGAAGGAGAGCCGUCGACAGCGCCGAGCCUAACCCUGACGGGGAGGAAGAAGGAGCCCGACCAGUUGCAAACAGCAGAUGGAUGGGCAAAAUUCACCGGAGGGUUCUUCUUUGGAGGAAUAUCGGGUGUCAUUUGGGCUUACUUCCUUCUCUAUGUCCUCGACCUUCCUUACUUCGUUAAAUAGAUCGUAUCCAUGCGUUUAACUUUGAGUGCUUUCUUAAUGUAAAUCUAUGUAUUUUGGAUCUA